UCGAGAAGACAUGUGAAACACGCCGGCGUCUGUGCACUAGACUUGGAAAUUCUUAUUUACAGUGAUUAAUUGCCAGUACUAAAUCUGAUGAUGAAGAUUCAGUUCCUUCUGUUUGGAAUACUUUUCCUGAUAACUGUCACACGGGUCAAUUGUGAGAGUUUGGAUGAAGAUGAUGAAGACAAUGAUGAUGUUACUGUAGAGGAGGAGGAAGAGGAGGAGAGCAUUGAAAAAAUCCCAUAUAAACCACCUACAUUGAAAGGAAAUGCAUACCUAGCAGAACCAUUCAGUGACAAAGAUGACUUCAAGACAAGGUGGACUGUUUCUCAAGCCAAGAAAGAUGACACUGAUGAGACUAUUGCCAAAUAUGAUGGAAAAUGGAGUCUAGAGGAGCCCAAAGAUAAUGCUAUGGAAGGAGAUUUGGCUUUGUUGUUGAAGACAAAGGCUAAGCAUCAUGCCAUAUCAUCCAAACUGGACAAACCAUACACAUUUUCAGGAAAACCGUUCAUUGUACAAUAUGAAGUAAAAUUCCAGAAUGGCAUUGACUGUGGUGGAGCUUAUGUCAAACUUCUCUCUGAUGACAAGAAGCUGGAUCUGAAAAAGUUCCAUGACAAGACUCCCUACACUGUUAUGUUUGGACCCGACAAGUGUGGCAUGGACCAUAAACUUCACUUUAUCUUCCGACAUAAGAACCCAGUGACCGGAGAGUAUGAGGAGAAACAUGCCAAAAAACCAACCACUAACAUUGACAAACAUUUCUCCGACAAGAAGACACAUAUGUAUACAUUGGUUGUAAACCCUGACAACACUUUUGAGAUGUUGGUGGACAACAGUUUGGUGAAUGAGGGGAGUUUGCUCGAUGAUGUCAGUCCCCCUGUCAAUCCACCAAAAGAAAUCGAUGACCCCAAUGACAAGAAACCAUCUGAUUGGGAUGAAAGGGAAAAAAUUCAAGAUCCUGAAGCUUCCAAACCAGAAGACUGGGAUGAGAGCGAACCAGAAAAGAUUGUGGAUGAGGAUGCAGUUAUGCCCAGUGGUUGGCUAGAAGAAGAAUCAGAGCUAAUUCCAGACCCAGAGGCAGAGAAACCAUCUGACUGGGAUGAUGACAUGGAUGGUGACUGGGAGGCUCCACUUAUAAACAACCCCAAAUGUCAGAAUGCCCCAGGCUGUGGUAAAUGGGAGAAACCUAGCAUUAAAAACCCUAAAUACAAGGGCAAGUGGUCUGCCCCUGUCAUCGAUAACCCAGACUACCAGGGUGUGUGGAAGCCAAGGAAGAUAGAGAACCCUGCCUACUUUGAAGAUCUUGAGCCAUACAAAAUGACCUCUGUUGGUGCUGUAGGACUGGAGCUGUGGUCUAUGAAUGAUGACAUUGUUUUUGACAAUUUCCUAAUCACAGAUGACAAAUCAGUGGCUGAGCAGUGGGCUGUGGAGACAUGGGAGAUAAAAUCUGUACAAGAGAAGGCUAAGUCAGGAGGAAGCUUGUGGAAGACCCUGCAUACAGCUGCUGACCAAUAUCCCUGGCUCUGGGCCAUUUAUAUAGUUGUUCUUUUACUGCCUGUACUCCUGCUGUCCAUAUGUCUUUGCCCAAGGACCGGACCCAUAACGCCGGAAAAGAUUGAGAGUCACAAGAAGAAGACUGAUGAAUCAUCUCCAGAUGAAACUGAAGAGAAGGAAGAGGGAGAAGAAGAGGAGGAAGGUGAAGAUGUUGGACCAGGGGGAGAUAACCCAUCUCCACCAAGGAAGUCCAAAGCUGAUCUAGAGGCAGAUGAGACAAAUGAUGCGGAUGAAGAAGAUGAAGAGGAAACAGAAGUAGCUGAGAAUACAUCCCAAAAUGUAGAUUCACCUAGGAGAUCAUCACCAAGGAAGAGGAAGUCUAGGAAAGAUUAACUCACUGUUAAUAGGAGACUGAUGCAGUGAUAAGUUAUGGGUGGUUUGUGUGUGCAAGUUGUUAAAAGAAGAAUAUAAUCCACUGUCCGGAUGGCUCUUUUAGGUUGGAGUUAUUCCCUGUGAUGUCCAUGUGUGAAGAUGAGUGUCCGUUUCCCUCCAGGGACAGUGGAUAAAGAUGCACAGAUAAUUAGUAAUACACCUAUGUAGUUGUGUGAGUUGAUGCCAUGAGGGUCCUACAUCCUGUGAGUGGUAUUCAUUGAUAAAUGCCCUGGUCAUCUACGACAUAUCUGUCCAGAUCUCUUUCCAAAUAAGUGUUGAAAUUAUCAUUUAAUUGCCUUCAAACAGUGUCAUAACUUUCUAUUUUUAUUAAAAACCCUAACUCAAUUUUCAACAUGAUCUUACCAGACUUUGGAAAGUUAUACUUUUUAUCUCUUUUUUGAAAUAAUCCUUCAAAACUCCUGCUUGAUGACCGUGGGAUAUAUGACCAGGUCUUGAGAAUAUGCCACUGUUCUUGUUGAAAUCUUCAAUUGAUCAGGUAAUUUUGUGUUCUACAGCUUUGGUUAAAGGGUGAUUUUUAAUCUCAUCUCAACAGAUAUUUCUAAAUGGAUGUUCAUUGUAGAGAAACAUUGUGUUAAAGAUUAAGCAAUGUGUAUGUUGACAUUUGUGGCAUAACGUCACUCCACAAGGAAUGGGUGAGAGUACAUAUUUUGUUAAUGUACCGGUAUGUAAGCUGAGGAAGUGAUUAUGCGUCAGUUAGAUAGUGCAGUGUAUUAUUAUAUGGACAUAAGUAUUGUGGAGGAUUAGAGAGUUUUUAAUUUACUUGUUAGUACAAAUGUUAUCCAAGGUCAUGUGUUUAAGACGGUCUUUAUGUGGUUGAAGUUCGAGUAUGCAUGCAGUUCCUAGUGUAUGUCAUGGUUUUGUGUAUGUGUCAUUUCUUCUUCCUUCACAGUUAACUAAAGAUAUGCUUCAGGUGGUAGUUGUUACAGACAUCUGUGUUUCAGGCAGGUGGUAAAUGAUAUCUACUGUGAAACAUGCCAGAUAUGAAUCCAUAUUUUGUAAUGUUGUCACAUUUAUGUUUAACUAGGCAGGGAAUUGUAACAUAAAGUAGUGGUUUCCUCGUGUCUUGUAAAACAUGAAUGUCCUUUUUUAAACCCAAAAUUUUGUUUGUUUACCCAGAGGUAGACAAGGGCUCUAUAUGGUAUUUUAUUUCAUCUAUUAAGACCCUUGUUUCUUGUUGUAUUGCUCAUUGAAGCACAAUAGUGUGUCCUUUUUGAUUUGUGUACAUGUCCAGACUAUUGAUCUCAUUAACAUGUUCAGUUCAUUAGCUUUAUACACUUCAUUAUGUACACUUGUUCAAACAUUAGUGUGUCCAUGGAGAUAAGUUAUGCUGUAUCCAUGAAGGUUUAGAUAUUUCUAUUUAUGCAAAUCUGUUCUUCCACAUGCCAAGAAUACAUCUUUAUUAUACCCCCACUUAUUAGAUAAGGGGGUAUAUCUGGUAAUCAUGUGUUUCCAUCUAUACAUGCAUCUUUAAUAAACUUGUGUACAAGAUAUUUCAUGAAUCUAUGAACAGAUUUAUUUCUUAAUCGCACCAUAGCAUCACCCUACCAAGGUCUACACCUGAUAAAAUUUUGGUGACCAUUGGACAAGGUUAAAGGUCAUUGGUCAACCUUUACGAUUUUGAAAUAAAAAACAUUAGUAAAAUGUAUCUCACGAACUGCUUAAUAUGUUGUCCCUGUAAUAGAUAAUCAAAAAGAAAAAUGAGAUCAAGGGUAUAUUUAUAUGAGCCACUCCUGACUUUGUUUUUAUCCUGAAAACACUUAACAUCACUGUCUUGAAAACUGUAAUAGUAAAGUGAGUCUGGCCCAGGUUUGUUUUAACCUUUUGAGAAAAUGAUCAUUUUGAAUGUGGAUUAUGUGUAAGAAAUGUGUGAAGACCAGUAGAUAAUAUUGUCAUUUAAUGAUUGUCUGAUUUUCUAAUUUAUCUACCUGUGUUUUGAAUAUGAUGUCCCUAGAUGUACAAUAUUCUUGCUUUUUUACCUUAACCUAUGAAAACCUUUAUGUAAUCAAACCACAUACAUAAUGUGUUUAAGUAUGUCCAGGCUAACAAAGCCUGUUGUUUCUGUAUGACAUGUUGAUUGUCUCCUUGUUAAGGAACAAUGAUCAUUAUUUCAUUGUUAAAGAUAUAGAUUAUGUAGGAGUUCUGUGGAAUUCUUCGAUCACUGACCUACAAGAACUGUUCAGUUUGGGAUACCAGUUACAUAACUUACCACUGCUCUCAUGGUGUCUAUUACAUGACCAUAGUAUUGUAAUAUAGAGGCAUGAUCUGAGGAUUUUUGUUUAGAUUUUAAUAGUCUAUCGCUAAUUUGAGCCUCACAAAUGAUUGUCUACAUCUCAUUUUAUGUUCUACUUAGCUAUACUUUCUGUUGUUGGAUCAGAACAUAGCUCCAUUAUUUUUAUUCGAUACUGAAAAAUAGAGUAGCCUACAUUGUAAACAUCAUGGAACUUAUCUUUAUUAUCUUUUUCAUUCAGACUGGUCAUUUUUUCUGCCUGUAAGAUGUAAAUCUUUGCAAAUGUAAUUAAGUUUUAAAGUUGCUGAAGUACAAAACAAUGUUAGAAAAGAAUUCUGAGGUUAAAUAGACUAUUAUAAUGGAUGUCUUGAUUAUGUAUGCUUUUGCUAAAAUAGGAACAUUAUAAAAUCAUGAUGUUUUGUAACAGUAAAACAUUGGACAUUAAAACAAAAGCACCACCUCAAACUUAAUGGUAUGUUCAGAUUGAGGAGAUUCCACUAUGUUGUAAUCUAUUUGAUAUAAUGAACAUCUAGUCGAACACAUUCAUUCUCACUGUUACUUAGAUGUGCUGUGUAAAAAAUAUACUGGGGAGAAGACUGAGCAUUAUUUACCUUUUUAAGAUUUGUACAUUAUGAUAAGGCGAAGUACAGUAUUUUUUUCACCUUGUGUUCUAAUUUGAUUAUAGUUAUUAACAGAAUGUAACCAUACUACAAUAAUUUGAAGUUGAUCAUAUUAUACCAAAGUAUAGUCCGUGUAAUCAGAAUGAAUAUGCAGUUCAUCAUAGAUAUAAAUUUCUAGUAGUUUCUGAUAACUUUAAUGUAAACACUGUAUGUUAAUAAAUCUACUGUUGAAAAUGGGUAUGUUGUGUUUUGGGAGUAAAUUUACUAUAAACAUGGGUACAUUGUAUUUUGAGAGAAAAUUUACUGUAAACAUGGAUAUACUGUAUGUUAAGAGUAAAUUUACUAUAAAACAUAGGUAUGUUGUAUGUUGAGAGAAAAUUUACUGUAAACAUGGAUAUACAGUAUGUUAAGAGUAAAUUUACUAUAAACAUAGGUAUGUUGUAUGUUGAGAGAAAAUUUACUGUAAACAUGGAUAUACUGUAUGAUAAGAGUAAAUAUACUAUAAACAUAGGUAUGUUGUAUGUUUGUAUACAUCUAAUGUAAUCAUGGGUUAGCUGUAUGCUAGGAUGGAUACAUACAUUUUUUUGGCACUGAAAGCUCAUGGAAACAUCUUGUCAGUUGAGGAGAUCACAAUGUGGGAUGUAGGACCUGUUCUGGUGUUAUCCAUCAUUUAAUAGAAAAUGAUUGCCCAAAUGGUAUUUAGGACAUUGCAAGAUCACAAUAAAAUCCAAUAGACACUAAUGCAAAUGAGAAGUGUUUGCAGUUACCUAAAACCUAGCUCUAUGAUAAAUGAGAUUUUGAAAAAUAUUGGUCUGCUUCACAAUAAGCCCUAAAUUAUCUUUUACUUUGAAAGGUAUGUCUACUAAAUUUAUAUUCAUUUUAAUAAUUUUGAUAUUGGAGUGAUAAGUGUUGUAACUAGCAGAAUGUUGGAGUAUACCUAGCACUAAAGGUGUGAUGAUGAACAGUUACUUUAUAAGGCAAUAGUAUAUAAUGGUACAGAUAAUACAGUUGAUCCUAUCUCAUGUUAUGUUUGUUGAAAUGAGUGUUUUACCACAAACUUACAGGCUGAAACAGCUUUAACAUUAUGUCCACUAGCCAUAGUUUUUCACAAUUUUGGAACACGUGCUUGUAAGGUGUUAAUUAAGAUAUUUUGCCAAAUAAGCAAAACAUUUCUUUAUUAAAGAAAAUAUCUUUAGAAAUGAAAGUAUUUGAGAGUUACCUGGAAUACAUUGUAGGCAUCUAGAACUUAAUAUCAGUGUAUUGUCAUUCAAUAGACAUGACUAAAGUACUUGGCAUUUACUUUCUAGUACAAUGAAAACAAUGUCUUAAUACGUUUUUAUUGGUAUUCCUAAAAUUUCACAUAAAAUUUUACCAGUUCCAACUCCUGAAUUGAGUUUGUUCUGAAGUUGAUGAUACUUUGGGGUAUUGAUGGGGAUAAAAUUUCGGAAAUCUGUAAUAUCAAUGAUAUAAUCAGUCAGAAAUAAAGACAUGUCUUUUGAUAA